CCUCCUCCUCCGCCCAGGAAUUCUGCCCCUUCUAGCUGUCCUGCCCUCCCCUUUUGAGGUUGACUUGCCUGGCGGCGCUCUACCGGGCUGCAGCCCUCCGGCGCCUCCAGCUCGCCCGCCUCCCGCCCGCCCUCCCGCGCCGCGCAGUUCAGCAGCAGAGCAGCAGGACGCCCCGGGAGAUGGAGAGCAAAGCCUUGCUCCUGGUGGCCCUGGGAGUGUGGCUCCAGAGUCUGACCGGCGCGGCCGCGGCGGACGGGGGAAGAGAUUUUUCAGACAUUGAAAGUAAAUUUGCGCUAAGGACGCCUGAAGACACAGCCGAGGACACAUGCCAUCUUAUUCCUGGAGUAGCAGAAUCUGUGUCUAACUGCCAUUUCAACCACAGCAGCAAGACCUUUGUGGUGAUCCAUGGCUGGACGGUGACAGGAAUGUAUGAGAGUUGGGUGCCCAAACUUGUGGCCGCCCUGUACAAAAGAGAACCUGACUCCAAUGUCAUUGUGGUGGACUGGUUGUAUCGGGCUCAGCAACAUUAUCCGGUGUCUGCUGGCUACACCAAGCUGGUGGGAAAUGAUGUGGCCAGGUUCAUCAACUGGAUGGAGGAGGAAUUUAACUACCCCCUGGACAAUGUCCACCUCUUGGGGUACAGCCUUGGAGCCCAUGCUGCUGGUGUGGCAGGAAGUCUGACCAACAAGAAGGUUAACAGAAUUACUGGCUUGGAUCCAGCUGGGCCUAACUUUGAGUACGCAGAGGCCCCCAGUCGCCUUUCUCCUGAUGACGCGGAUUUCGUGGAUGUCUUACAUACAUUCACCAGGGGGUCACCUGGCCGAAGUAUUGGGAUCCAGAAACCAGUAGGGCACGUUGACAUUUACCCCAAUGGAGGCACUUUCCAGCCAGGAUGCAACAUUGGAGAAGCCAUUCGUGUGAUUGCAGAGAGGGGCCUGGGAGAUGUGGACCAGCUGGUGAAAUGCUCCCAUGAGCGCUCCAUUCAUCUCUUCAUUGACUCUCUUCUAAAUGAGGAAAAUCCCAGCAAGGCCUACAGGUGCAACUCCAAGGAAGCCUUUGAAAAAGGGCUUUGCCUGAGCUGCAGAAAGAAUCGCUGCAACAAUGUGGGCUACGAGAUCAACAAGGUCAGAGCCAAAAGAAGCAGCAAGAUGUACCUGAAGACUCGCUCUCAGAUGCCCUACAAAGUCUUCCACUACCAAGUCAAGAUUCACUUUUCUGGGACUGAGACUGACAGGCAGCUCAACCAGGCCUUCGAAAUUUCUCUGUAUGGCACAGUGGCCGAGAGUGAGAACAUUCCCUUCACCCUGCCCGAGGUCUCCACAAACAAAACCUACUCCUUCUUGAUUUAUACGGAGGUGGACAUCGGAGAAUUGCUGAUGAUGAAGCUUAAGUGGAAGAGCGACUCCUACUUCAGCUGGUCAGACUGGUGGAGCAGCCCCGGCUUCGUCAUCGAGAGGAUCCGGGUGAAAGCGGGGGAGACUCAGAAAAAGGUCAUCUUCUGUGCUAGGGAGAAAGUAUCUCAUCUGAAGAAGGGAAAGGACUCCGCAGUGUUUGUGAAGUGCCAUGACAAGUCUCUGAAGAAGUCUGGCUGACACUGGACAAACCCACAAGAGAAGAAAGCACAUGAGUUCUUUGAAGACCGAAGUAAAUGAAGUAAAUUUUAUUAAAAAAAAAAUACCCUUGUUUGGGUGUUUGAAAGUGGGUUUUCCUGAGUAUUAAUCCCAGCUCUAUCUUGUUAGUUGACUAGAAGGCAGUCUAAAAUACUGAAAGGUGGCUAAUACAGGGUGAGGUCGAGUGGCCCAUGGCAUGUGUUCCAGCAUCAGAGGAUAGCAGCCAGGAGAAGCAUGGCGUCCUGUAUCCCUUAAGAAGGAAUCACUUGUUCCCAAUAAUAUAAGACCCCUUCGUGUGACCUGUUUGGUCAUGGUCUAGAAUUAGUGAGGGCCUCUUAUUUUGAUUAGAAUUCUGAGAUUUUAAAAUUAAGACCUUUUGAAAGUUUUCUCCAAGUCUGAUAUAGACCAUGUUUUUGGUGGCAUGAGUCAGAUCCAUUUCUUUAGCAAUUGAGCAGUUGAAACACCUGACCUUUGUAACUAGUUCUUUUAACAUUGGAAUGAGCUAAAAAAGAAAAGAAGCAGGGACAGUGGAGGACAGGGCUCAAGUCGUCCUGAGCCAUGGUCUCACCAUGACAAAGUACAAGUCAACAGAGAUACUAAACCUAGAUUGGGUAAUUCUGAAUAGACUUGGAUUUUUAUGGCUUAAUCCCUCCAUCUCUUAAAAAUUUGUGUUAUACUUCAACAUUGUUCUCUGGGUGGAUGUUGAAAAUGAGCUCAUCUUCAGGUGACACAUAAAAUGAGCUGAAUGAAAAUAUUGGCUAGUUUGAUUUUAGGGUUUUUUUUUUUUUGUUUUCCUUUUUCUUUAUUGAGAAAAAGUCUCCUUUGUCACACUCUGGGCCAAGCCUGACCUAGAAAUCUGUAGCUCAGGCCUGCCUUAAACGCUCAACAAUCCCCCUGUCUCAGCUUCCUGCAUGCUGGAAGCUUGACACCAUAAUCUUAUCAUCAGACUUUUCCUGUUUGUUUUCAUCAACUUGAACACUUUCAAUCGCCAACAGUUACUAUUUCGUUGGAGAAUCAUCUCAGCCCUGCCUCUGUCACACUCCUAACACAUCAUGUUAAUUUCACAUUUAGAUGUGAUCAGGUUCAAGUUUCUCACCAUGCAAUGUACAAAUUUUAGAUCAGGACCAUUUUUAUCAUGUAAAAGCUGAAAUUACGAGGAAAUGUGCAUAUCAAUGCUUGUAAACUGUUGUGUGCCAAGAAGGGAGUCCUCAGUUGCAAUAGCCACAGGAAGCCCCAGGCAGUUGGCCACUGUUUCGUUAUAUAAAAAGAAAAAAAAAAAAAAACUAAUCAAGAGUGAGUGAACAAUUACUUAUGAGCUAGAUCUCAUAUUUUCAGAAUGCUUUUACUGCAUAUUAAUAUAAAGGGAUGAAGAAGUUCUGUCUCAGAAGCUAUUGCUGGGAACACAAACUGUGAAACGUGUGGGUAUCUGAACACCUCCCCACAUGCCAAGCCCCACAAGUGAAGUUAUCACUCAGUGUCAUCUGGAAAGGAAAGAGUCAAGGGAUAUACUGAACAUGUCAGAGAAGUGGUUCCAGAUAUGCUGGACUGUUAGCCCCUGCUGGGAGAAAGAUAUUUGUACCUAUGUAAUAUAGGACAAAAGGGACUGAUUUCAUCAGACUUGGAGUCAUUUCUAACAAUAAAAUGAUGUACAAUUUGUCA